AUGGCGUGGCACAAGGCUUCGUGUGGGGCGGGGGCGGGGGGCUCUUGGCUGACAAUCAGUUCAUCGCUGCCCCGAACGUCUUCCUCUUCCCUACAGCGGAUGCUGGAAAUCCUCGGGCAGGACCUUGUGCUUCUGCUGUCCGGCAGUGAGGCAGGGCCCCCCUUGCUCCCCCUUGGCUCCUCACCACCACCCUUAAGGGGGCAGCCUUCCCCCAGGCCCCCGACUCUCCCCCCCGAGCACCGCUGGCUCCACCUCCUCCGUGACUUGGCGAAGAUGCAGAGGAGGCUUCCAGGGCGACCCAAGAAGGCGGCUUCCCUGGGCUGCUUUGGGGUCAAGCUGGACCGGAUCGGGACCUUCAGCGGCCUCGGGUGCUGA